AUCACACAAUUUCAAUGCAAAAUUUUCCAGUCAAGCAAAAAGUUACGAAGAUAGUGCCUCUUAAAUAUAAAAAGUUCUGAAAAAUAGUUCAUAGUGGAAAGCCAAAGUCAAAAUAUCCGAAAAAAUUCUAAUUUUGGGAGAUCAAAAUCGAAAGAAUUUAAGAGGAUUUGAACUUUCUCGAAUAAUCCGAAAUGCAGAUCUUUGUGAAAACCUUGACUGGAAAGACCAUCACCCUGGAGGUGGAGCCUUCCGACACCAUUGAAAAUGUGAAGGCCAAAAUCCAGGACAAGGAGGGAAUCCCCCCAGACCAGCAGCGUCUCAUUUUCGCCGGCAAACAGUUGGAGGAUGGACGCACUCUGUCCGACUACAACAUCCAGAAGGAAUCUACCCUGCACUUGGUGCUCCGUCUCCGUGGAGGAAUGCAGAUCUUCGUGAAGACUCUCACUGGCAAGACCAUUACUUUGGAGGUGGAGCCUUCCGACACCAUCGAGAAUGUGAAGGCAAAGAUCCAAGACAAGGAGGGAAUCCCCCCAGACCAGCAGCGUUUGAUCUUCGCCGGCAAGCAGCUGGAAGAUGGACGCACCCUGUCCGACUACAACAUUCAGAAGGAGUCGACCCUUCAUCUUGUGCUCCGUCUCCGUGGAGGAAUGCAGAUCUUCGUGAAGACUCUCACUGGCAAGACCAUCACCCUGGAGGUGGAGCCUUCCGACACCAUCGAGAAUGUGAAGGCCAAGAUCCAAGACAAGGAGGGAAUCCCCCCAGACCAGCAGCGUUUGAUCUUCGCCGGAAAGCAGCUGGAGGAUGGCCGCACCCUGUCGGAUUAUAACAUCCAGAAGGAAUCUACCCUGCACUUGGUGCUCCGUCUCCGUGGAGGAAUGCAGAUCUUCGUGAAGACUCUCACUGGCAAGACCAUUACUUUGGAGGUGGAGCCUUCCGACACCAUCGAGAAUGUGAAGGCAAAGAUCCAAGACAAGGAGGGAAUCCCCCCAGACCAGCAGCGUCUCAUUUUCGCCGGCAAACAGCUGGAGGAUGGACGCACUCUGUCCGACUACAACAUUCAGAAGGAGUCGACCCUUCAUCUUGUGCUCCGUCUCCGUGGAGGAAUGCAGAUCUUCGUGAAGACUCUCACUGGCAAGACCAUCACCCUAGAGGUGGAGCCUUCCGACACCAUUGAGAACGUGAAGGCCAAAAUCCAGGACAAGGAGGGAAUCCCCCCAGACCAGCAGCGUCUCAUUUUUGCCGGCAAACAGCUGGAGGAUGGACGCACUCUGUCCGACUACAACAUUCAGAAGGAGUCGACCCUUCAUCUUGUGCUCCGUCUCCGUGGAGGAAUGCAGAUCUUCGUGAAGACUCUUACUGGCAAGACCAUUACUUUGGAGGUGGAGCCUUCCGACACCAUCGAGAAUGUGAAGGCAAAGAUCCAAGACAAGGAGGGAAUCCCCCCAGACCAGCAGCGUCUCAUUUUCGCCGGCAAACAGCUGGAGGAUGGACGCACUCUGUCCGACUACAACAUUCAGAAGGAGUCGACCCUUCAUCUUGUGCUCCGUCUCCGUGGAGGAAUGCAGAUCUUCGUGAAGACUCUUACUGGCAAGACCAUUACUUUGGAGGUGGAGCCUUCCGACACCAUCGAGAAUGUGAAGGCAAAGAUCCAAGACAAGGAGGGAAUCCCCCCAGACCAGCAGCGUUUGAUCUUCGCCGGCAAGCAGCUGGAAGAUGGACGCACCCUGUCCGACUACAACAUUCAGAAGGAGUCGACCCUUCAUCUUGUGCUCCGUCUCCGUGGAGGAAUGCAGAUCUUCGUGAAGACUCUCACUGGCAAGACCAUCACCCUGGAGGUGGAGCCUUCCGACACCAUCGAGAAUGUGAAGGCCAAGAUCCAAGACAAGGAGGGAAUCCCCCCAGACCAGCAGCGUUUGAUCUUCGCCGGAAAGCAGCUGGAGGAUGGCCGCACCCUGUCGGAUUAUAACAUCCAGAAGGAAUCUACCCUGCACUUGGUGCUCCGUCUCCGUGGAGGAAUGCAGAUCUUCGUGAAGACUCUCACUGGCAAGACCAUUACUUUGGAGGUGGAGCCUUCCGACACCAUCGAGAAUGUGAAGGCAAAGAUCCAAGACAAGGAGGGAAUCCCCCCAGACCAGCAGCGUCUCAUUUUCGCCGGCAAACAGCUGGAGGAUGGACGCACUCUGUCCGACUACAACAUUCAGAAGGAGUCGACCCUUCAUCUUGUGCUCCGUCUCCGUGGAGGAAUGCAGAUCUUCGUGAAGACUCUCACUGGCAAGACCAUCACCCUAGAGGUGGAGCCUUCCGACACCAUUGAGAACGUGAAGGCCAAAAUCCAGGACAAGGAGGGAAUCCCCCCAGACCAGCAGCGUCUCAUUUUUGCCGGCAAACAGCUGGAGGAUGGACGCACUCUGUCCGACUACAACAUUCAGAAGGAGUCGACCCUUCAUCUUGUGCUCCGUCUCCGUGGAGGAAUGCAGAUCUUCGUGAAGACUCUUACUGGCAAGACCAUUACUUUGGAGGUGGAGCCUUCCGACACCAUCGAGAAUGUGAAGGCAAAGAUCCAAGACAAGGAGGGAAUCCCCCCAGACCAGCAGCGUCUCAUUUUCGCCGGCAAACAGCUGGAGGAUGGACGCACUCUGUCCGACUACAACAUUCAGAAGGAGUCGACCCUUCAUCUUGUGCUCCGUCUCCGUGGAGGAAUGCAGAUCUUCGUGAAGACUCUCACUGGCAAGACCAUCACCCUGGAGGUGGAGCCUUCCGACACCAUCGAGAAUGUGAAGGCCAAGAUCCAAGACAAGGAGGGAAUCCCCCCAGACCAGCAGCGUUUGAUCUUCGCCGGAAAGCAGCUGGAGGAUGGCCGCACCCUGUCGGAUUAUAACAUCCAGAAGGAAUCUACCCUGCACUUGGUGCUCCGUCUCCGUGGAGGAAUGCAGAUCUUCGUGAAGACUCUCACUGGCAAGACCAUUACUUUGGAGGUGGAGCCUUCCGACACCAUCGAGAAUGUGAAGGCAAAGAUCCAAGACAAGGAGGGAAUCCCCCCAGACCAGCAGCGUCUCAUUUUCGCCGGCAAACAGCUGGAGGAUGGACGCACUCUGUCCGACUACAACAUUCAGAAGGAGUCGACCCUUCAUCUUGUGCUCCGUCUCCGUGGAGGAAUGCAGAUCUUCGUGAAGACUCUCACUGGCAAGACCAUCACCCUAGAGGUGGAGCCUUCCGACACCAUUGAGAACGUGAAGGCCAAAAUCCAGGACAAGGAGGGAAUCCCCCCAGACCAGCAGCGUCUCAUUUUUGCCGGCAAACAGCUGGAGGAUGGACGCACUCUGUCCGACUACAACAUUCAGAAGGAGUCGACCCUUCAUCUUGUGCUCCGUCUCCGUGGAGGAAUGCAGAUCUUCGUGAAGACUCUUACUGGCAAGACCAUUACUUUGGAGGUGGAGCCUUCCGACACCAUUGAGAACGUGAAGGCUAAGAUCCAAGACAAGGAGGGAAUCCCCCCAGACCAGCAGCGUUUGAUCUUCGCCGGCAAACAGCUGGAGGAUGGACGCACUCUGUCCGACUACAACAUUCAGAAGGAGUCGACCCUUCAUCUUGUGCUCCGUCUCCGUGGAGGAAUGCAGAUCUUCGUGAAGACUCUUACUGGCAAGACCAUUACUUUGGAGGUGGAGCCUUCCGACACCAUUGAGAACGUGAAGGCUAAGAUCCAAGACAAGGAGGGAAUCCCCCCAGACCAGCAGCGUCUCAUUUUUGCCGGCAAGCAGCUGGAGGAUGGGCGCACCCUGUCGGAUUAUAACAUCCAGAAGGAAUCUACCCUGCACUUGGUGCUCCGUCUCCGUGGAGGAAUGCAGAUCUUCGUGAAGACUCUCACUGGCAAGACCAUCACCCUGGAGGUGGAGCCUUCCGACACCAUCGAGAACGUGAAGGCCAAGAUCCAAGACAAGGAGGGAAUCCCCCCAGACCAGCAGCGUUUGAUCUUCGCCGGCAAGCAGCUGGAGGAUGGCCGCACCCUGUCGGAUUAUAACAUCCAGAAGGAAUCUACCCUGCACUUGGUUCUCCGUCUCCGUGGAGGAAUGCAGAUCUUCGUGAAGACUCUCACUGGCAAGACCAUCACCCUGGAGGUGGAGCCUUCCGACACCAUCGAGAAUGUGAAGGCCAAGAUCCAAGACAAGGAGGGAAUCCCUCCAGAUCAGCAGCGUUUGAUCUUCGCCGGAAAGCAGCUGGAGGAUGGACGCACUCUGUCCGACUACAACAUUCAGAAGGAGUCGACCCUUCAUCUUGUGCUCCGUCUCCGUGGAGGAAUGCAGAUCUUCGUGAAGACUCUUACUGGCAAGACCAUUACUUUGGAGGUGGAGCCUUCCGACACCAUUGAGAACGUGAAGGCUAAGAUCCAAGACAAGGAGGGAAUCCCCCCAGACCAGCAGCGUUUGAUCUUCGCCGGCAAACAGCUGGAGGAUGGACGCACUCUGUCCGACUACAACAUUCAGAAGGAGUCGACCCUUCAUCUUGUGCUCCGUCUCCGUGGAGGAAUGCAGAUCUUCGUGAAGACUCUCACUGGCAAGACCAUCACCCUGGAGGUGGAGCCUUCCGACACCAUCGAGAAUGUGAAGGCCAAGAUCCAAGACAAGGAGGGAAUCCCUCCAGAUCAGCAGCGUCUCAUUUUUGCCGGCAAACAGCUGGAGGAUGGACGCACUCUGUCCGACUACAACAUUCAGAAGGAGUCGACCCUUCAUCUUGUGCUCCGUCUCCGUGGAGGAAUGCAGAUCUUCGUGAAGACUCUUACUGGCAAGACCAUUACUUUGGAGGUGGAGCCUUCCGACACCAUUGAGAACGUGAAGGCCAAAAUCCAGGACAAGGAGGGAAUCCCCCCAGACCAGCAGCGUUUGAUCUUCGCCGGCAAGCAGCUGGAGGAUGGCCGCACCCUGUCGGAUUAUAACAUCCAGAAGGAAUCUACCCUGCACUUGGUUCUCCGUCUCCGUGGAGGAAUGCAGAUCUUCGUGAAGACUCUCACUGGCAAGACCAUCACCCUGGAGGUGGAGCCUUCCGACACCAUCGAGAAUGUGAAGGCCAAGAUCCAAGACAAGGAGGGAAUCCUUCCAGAUCAGCAGCGUUUGAUCUUCGCCGGAAAGCAGCUGGAGGAUGGCCGCACCCUGUCGGAUUAUAACAUCCAGAAGGAAUCUACCCUGCACUUGGUGCUCCGUCUGCGCGGAGGAAUGCAGAUCUUCGUGAAGACUCUUACUGGCAAGACCAUUACUUUGGAGGUGGAGCCUUCCGACACCAUCGAGAAUGUGAAGGCCAAGAUCCAAGACAAGGAGGGAAUCCCUCCAGAUCAGCAGCGUCUCAUUUUUGCCGGCAAGCAACUGGAGGAUGGACGUACUCUGUCCGACUACAACAUUCAGAAGGAGUCGACCCUUCAUCUUGUGCUCCGUCUCCGUGGAGGAAUGCAGAUCUUCGUGAAGACUCUCACUGGCAAGACCAUCACCCUGGAGGUGGAGCCUUCCGACACCAUCGAGAACGUGAAGGCCAAGAUCCAAGACAAGGAGGGAAUCCCCCCAGACCAGCAGCGUUUGAUCUUCGCCGGCAAGCAGCUGGAGGAUGGCCGCACCCUGUCGGAUUAUAACAUCCAGAAGGAAUCUACCCUGCACUUGGUUCUCCGUCUCCGUGGAGGAAUGCAGAUCUUCGUGAAGACUCUCACUGGCAAGACCAUCACCCUGGAGGUGGAGCCUUCCGACACCAUCGAGAAUGUGAAGGCCAAGAUCCAAGACAAGGAGGGAAUCCCUCCAGAUCAGCAGCGUUUGAUCUUCGCCGGAAAGCAGCUGGAGGAUGGCCGCACCCUGUCGGAUUAUAACAUCCAGAAGGAAUCUACCCUGCACUUGGUGCUCCGUCUCCGUGGAGGAAUGCAGAUCUUCGUGAAGACUCUUACUGGCAAGACCAUUACUUUGGAGGUGGAGCCUUCCGACACCAUUGAGAACGUGAAGGCCAAAAUCCAGGACAAGGAGGGAAUCCCCCCAGACCAGCAGCGUCUCAUUUUUGCCGGCAAGCAGCUGGAGGAUGGGCGCACCCUGUCGGAUUAUAACAUCCAGAAGGAAUCUACCCUGCACUUGGUGCUCCGUCUCCGUGGAGGAAUGCAGAUCUUCGUGAAGACUCUCACUGGCAAGACCAUCACCCUAGAGGUGGAGCCUUCCGACACCAUUGAGAACGUGAAGGCCAAAAUCCAGGACAAGGAGGGAAUCCCCCCAGACCAGCAGCGUUUGAUCUUCGCCGGCAAGCAGCUGGAGGAUGGACGCACCCUGUCCGACUAUAACAUUCAGAAGGAGUCCACUCUCCACUUGGUGCUCCGUUUGCGCGGAGGAAUCCAGGCUUAGGCUGAAUACAUUUCCAAAUAAACACAAGAUUCUAUGCACCUA